AUGGGUAAAAUCACCAUUCUUGGCGCCGGAAUCAUCGGCCUCGCCACAGCCACCGUCCUCUCUGAGACUGACCCGUCUCACACCAUCACUAUCGUCGCUCGCGACCUUCCAGGUGACGCCCCAUCCCAAGCCUGGGCGAGCCCUUGGGCCUGCGCCGGAUGGGUCGCCCUCGGUGGCUCACCCUCGGAGGAAGCCAUGCAGCUGGCUGCUUUGGAUUAUCUGCGGAAUACGCUAGUCGCUGAUCACCCAGAAUCUGAAACUGGUGUGCGCUCCGUCACCCUAACAGACGUGUUCGGCACCAUCCCAGCUAGUGCUGGUGCCUCUCGCGGGGUGGGGGUCUGGUUCACCGGCCGUGUGCCCGGAUACGAGGUUCUCUCCAGCCAGGGAGACGAUGGGCCACUGAAAGUGAGAUACGGCAGCGCGGUGAUCAAUCCGGAUGUGUUCUUGGGUUGGAUCCGGAAACAGUUAGAGGCCCGUGGUGUCAGAUUUGAGAGGGUCGCCGAGAUCAAGGCGCUGGGGGACUUGAAGGGCCGCGGGCAUGACGUGCUGGUGAAUGCCUCCGGUCUAGCGAGCCGGACACUUGAGGAUGUGAAAGACGAGGCGGUGAUCAUGGACCGAACAUAUGUGACCGUGGUCAAGGGCCAUUUUGACGGAGCGUUUGUGCACCGCGGUGAGGGUGUGUACACGUACAUGUUUGGACGGGGAGACGGUACAGUCGUGGUUGGCGGCGUAUCGGAGCCGGUGAGUGGGUCGGUUAAGAACGCGGCAGAGAUCCAUCAAGAUAUGUUCCGCCGGGCCCAUGAGUAUCUCCCAGAGCAUUUCCCAUCACCCAAGCCGGAACACUACGAGGUUGUGAAGGACCUGGUAGGCAUUCGCCCUCUGCGGCCGGCCGGCGUCAGAGCCGAGAGAGAGGAACUCGACGGUCAGAAGGUGGUGCAUGCUUAUGGGACCACCAUCGGCGGGUAUAUUCAUAGCUUUGGAUUGGCGAAGGAGGCUGCUCGGUUGGUAACGGAGAGUUUGUAA